AUGAGAGCCACAGCGCCGCUCUUGAUCAAUGGUCACCAGCUUCAGGAGCUGCAGGAUGAGGCGCAGGCUCAGCAGGAGGCGGAGCAGGCGCGCGCCACCCAGCUGCAUGCUGUGCAGCAAGAGCUGGCGGCGAUGCAGCAGCUGAGGGCGGCGGCGGAGCUGGUCGCGACGGCGGAGGCCCAGGUGCAGACCGAGGGCGAUGAGCUUGCGCUGGCGGCGGCGCGGGUGCAGCAGGUGCAGGUGGAGCUGGCGCGCGCACGGCAGUGCGUGCAGGAGGUGGAGGGCAGGCGGCUGGAGCUGGAGCAGGAGCGGGAGGCGAUGGAGGCGCAGGUGGCCCAGGAGAGCGUCCGCUGCGAGCGGGCAGAGGCGGCGGCGGCCAAUGCGCGGCGCUUUGCGGCGGCCCAGCAGGCGCAGAGCCUGCUGCUCGAGGAAGCGGCGCAGGGCGCCGACCGCGGGCGUGCAGCGGCGGAGGCGGAGGCAGGGGAGCAGCUGCGCCUGCGGGAGGCGGCCGAGGCGAGGGCGGCGACGGCGGAGCGCCUGCGCGAUGCUGCUCAGGCAAAGGCGGGCGCCGCACUCCUGAUGUGGGAUGCGGCGCAGGCCAAGGCGGCGGCGGCUAAGCGCCUGCAAGAGACAUUCAAGAGGCGGGCGACUGCAGCGCUGAGCGGGCGCGCGGCGGCAGAGGGCCAGGCGGCGGCGGCAGGGCGCAAGCAGGAGGCGGCUGAGAAGUUGUUGCUGAGGUUCCUGCAGCUGACAGCAGAGCUGCAGGCAGCAAAGCUGCAUUAUGCCAGCUCCCGGCCGGAGAACAGCCCCGCAGACUCGCUGCUGCCGGCAGCGACAGCGGCGCUGGCAGCCUGCAAGCAGGCGCAGGAUGAGGCUAUGAAGAAGCUGGCCACUUGCGAGGCCAGGCGAGUGCACGACAGCCAGGCGGCGGAGAGGCGGGUCGCCGACUGCAAGGACGAGACGCGCCAGCUGGAACGCCAGCUGGGCGCAGCUGAUGCGCGCGCCACGGAAUGCCAGCACCAGCUGGAGGCGAGCGCCAGGAGCCUCACGGUCGCUGCCGCGGAGAACUAUGCCUGCAGGGAGGAGCUGGCGGAGGUGCGGGCGAGCACUGACCAGGUGGCACCCCCGACACCCGACACCUGCACGGCCGGCAUAUGGCAGGAGGGAACCGCCGCCGGCGCAAGCGGUGGCACCAUCGCGCAGAUGCUGGGAGACUGGAUGGGACUUCCUACACCCUGCUGGCGCCCUGUGGUUGGCGUGGCGCUGAUAGCAGUCUUCCUGCUGGCCUGCGCUGGGUGCAAGGCCUUGUGCUGGCGCCGCGGAGCGCGGAAGCUGGAGGAGAUAGAGGACCUGAAGGAUCUGUUACGCCAGUACCCUGAUGGUUGGCAGUGA